AUGGCUCAACUACAAUUCGAUAGACGUGAAAGUACGAUGUUGGGUCAUGCUUUUACUGAUAAUUUUCAAGCAUUGACUGAUAUGGCUCUUGAACUUAGUAGAAGCUUACAAACAUGUAGAAAGUGGGGUAAAAUAACCAAGACAGUUUAUGAAGAACUCAAAAGUCAUAUAAAAAAUAAAUCAACUAAUUUUAAAAGGAAAGAUUUUGAAUUUCCAAUAAAAGAAAUCUACAAUGCGUCACGUACUGUUCAUGAAAACAGACAUGGAUUUUCAAGUGGAUGCAAUCCUGCUCAACGUUCUUUUCCACUUGCUUUAUGUCCAUGGAUUGAUGACAACAAUCUUUUUCAUGUAUCAUGUGAUGAAGCACGUCUUACACACUUUAGUACUACAGCUGGACAAGUAUCUGGUUUAACUAAUUUGAUCUGUAGACGUUUAAUCAAUGGCGAUGAAUGGAAUGAUGCUAUAAAAAAUGCUUUUUUAAUUGCUCCAGAUCUGUUGGGUGAAAUUCGAGAAAUUCAAGAACGAUAUAAACAUGAUGAUAUUCUUAAUGAUACUCUUAAUCUUUCUUCACCAUAUGUAUAUGCACCAAAUACUUUACAUACUGCUCUAUAUUGUAUUACAAAGGCUAACUCAUUUAAAAAUGCACUGGAGAAUGUACAUAAACUUGAUAUAUAUCAUUCUCCAAUUCUAGUCGGUAUAUUAACUGGUGCUCGAUGGGAUGUGCCAAAACAAAUGUUACGUGAUAGUCCUGAGGAUAAAAUAAAAGAGAUACAAAAAAUAGCAGCAAAGUUUUCCGAACAUUGA